AUGUUCCCCCCUCCCUCCUUCCUUCUGCACAGUGAAGGGAACCCUGCAGAAAAGUUCUGGGGUGAAUUUUGCUUCCCCACACAUCCAACACUGGUCAGCAUUCAGGGAAAUGGACGAGGAAAGCUGGCCACAAUCCAAGAGACUGAGGUCAGCAGAAAGCGAAGCAAAGCCUACUCAAAGGGAAACCUCUUCAGCUUCCAGCCCGUCUGCUCCCACAAUGGCUGAAGAAGAAUUGCCAUUUGGGAACGGCACAGCUGAAUGGAAUCCCCACAAUCGCUCCUGCUGGAGGAAUAGGGGCAUUGACCCCUAUAAUCAAAGGGGAUGGCCAGUGAUAAGGAAAAUCCUGGGUUGAGAGGGCCCAGCUCGUUGGGGUGCAAGUCCCCCCAUGAGUCUGUGAGGUCAGUGAAAGAAGGAAGUUCCAGCCAAGUACAGUGGUACCUCGAAUUACAAACAGCUCAUGUUACAAACGCUUCACAUUACAAACUCCGCUAACCUUGAAGAGUUACAGACCUCUGGAAUGAAUUAAGUUCAUAACUAGAGGUACCACUGUAAUCUGGAGCAAACUGGCGAUCAGUAGACCACAAUCUUUAUUGUUGUGCAAGAGAUUCCCACACAGAGCAAGAACCCUGAGCCUGGGGUGACAUCAACCUUUAUAACUCCCCCCCCCCUUCACUCAGAUUUAUUCAUAGUAGCAUCUUCACUAGUAUGUCACAAGUGGAGAGGAGUAUCAAAGGGUUACACAAGUUCAGCAGUUCAUCCUUCUAUCAGAUACAUCUCCGGACACCUCUCAAGUACCCACCACCCAGAGAACAAUAAAACUAUCGACAUACAUCCUUGCGCUCAGGUCUUCUCCUGAGAUGGGCUUUCAGAACACCUGGCUUGGUCAGCUGCCUCUGUGGAAGUCUGUUGUUGCCCCUUGGUCACUCCCUGGGUGGGGUGAAGUGUACGUGCUCUCAUGCUCAGGGGAUUAUGGCAGGAGGCCCUGUUCUCACUGCCUAUGUGACUAUCCGCUUCGAGGGUCAUGGAGGAGGGUGAAGCCUAAAUUCACCUUAAAAUGGCAUCGGAAUGGGAAGAAUUGGUUAUAGAAUGGCUAUUCUAUGAAUUUGCAAAGUUAGGUAUCUUUCCCUGAGCUGUCAAGCUGAAAGGAUACAUUCAGACACAAUCUUUGUAACAGUGUAGAAACUUUAGGCAAUUGAAACCAAAAUGGCUACAUUUAAUAUACUUUGCCCAUAGUCUGAGCAGCAGGAGGGCGCUGAGACAAUCGUGCAAAGGCUGAGCUGAAAGGCUGGUUUGGAGGCAGUUUCAGCCGUCUACGGAUUCCCCCAUUGGCUAGCUGUCAAAACAAAGCGCUCUUGAUUGGUGAGUUUCAGUUAUUCAUAAAUCCCAUUCAUAAAACACAAAGUCCGUAAAUCCCAUUAAUAAAAUACAGAUGCCGUGUUUUCCUGUAUUUAUACGAUGUGUGUGUUGUUCUUGUGCGACUGAGGAGAGAGGGGUUUUCGACCCAGGGAAUAAUGUCAGAUGGUAAACACACACACCCUUGUAAUUUCCGUAACACCAGGACAGAAUUCCCCCACUCUUGUCACAUGCAGCUUGGCUCACAUGCCAGAGCCACCUGGAGGGCAUGACUACAAUUCCCAUCAUGCCUGACCACUGGUCUUGCUAGCUCAGGGUGAUGGGAGCCGUAGUCCAAAAGCAGCUGGGGACCCAAGUUUGGGAAACAUUGUUCAUCUUGAAGGAGAAAGGAGGGUUCACUUGCAUCAGAACAUCAGGUGAGCCCUGCAGGAUCAGGCCCAAGGGGCCCCUGUCCUCCCAGGGGCCAAGCAGGGGCCUCUUCUGGGAAGCCCACUGGCAGCACUUGAGCACCAGAGAAGGGGGGAGGCGCCUUUCUUCUAGGGACACAUUUCAGGGGUCCCCACAGUGCCCCCCAGCCUGGCUCCACUCUGCCAGGGCAGCUGCGUUUUGUUUCGCUGCAGGUGAGCCUGCCCCCUGCAAUGUGGGGCUCUUAAGGGAACUUUGGGGGGGCGGAGGGGCUGCAGCUUCCCCGCACUUGCGAAGCAGCCCUAGGAGCGGAGGGGAGGCAGGCAGCAGGAGGGCGAUGGGGAGGAACCAGCAAGAAGGAGCUUCUGGAGCCUGGGCAGCCCCCUCCCCGCCUGCUCCCUGAAGGUUUCCCGAGCCCCCCUUUUCAUUUCAAGGAUUGGGGGACCUCAGCAUCCAGGGGUUGCCUUGCUGGGGGGCGCUAUUUGGUUUGCUGACUGUAGGAGUCACAAUCCUGUCACAAUGUGUUGUGUCUGGCUUUUAGGUAAGGGGGUGAGGCUCAGGUGGGAAAGAGUUGAGAAGGAACAUACCCCGGGGUGCAGAUUUACUCCGCUGCCCAGCUCGUCAGGGUGCCACUCCCCGCGGGUCCCUCCGGUCAGCAAAAGAAGGAGUCUCCAGCCAAGUUAAAGAAGCUAACAGUGGUCAGUUGACCUGAUCUUUAUGUGUUGCAACAAGGUUCAAACACACAAAAAGUAGGAACAUAUGGUUGCAUGAACUUUUCAGGCUUUUACCCCCUUCCCCAUAAUAAAUUUUCCAACAACUUCAUCGAUACAUGACAUGGGGUUUCCCCCCACAAUUUUUUCUCCCCAUUUCCCACAAUACAUUUUUCAACAGGGUCAUCGAUACAUCACAAAUAUGUCACAAAGUAGGAGUCUUUGGCGUUUAGAAACAUGAGCCUGUCACCCACCCCGUCAAUAACCCCAAUUUCCCAAACCUUUUAACUAUCCUCUUCCCCAAAGAACGUAAUAGUAUUUACCCAUCCCCCAGCUGAAAGGCUUUCCUGCCCUUCUCCCUUCAAAGUAUCAGGAUUCAAUCCGCCAUCCCGAUGGAUUUCUGCCUGGGGCAUGUGCUGCCCUUGAUCGCCUCCUGUCUCCUAAGGGAUUACGGAGUUAGGGGGAGCCCUGGAUCCCCUAAUUGGAGAGGAGUCAUUAGACAUUGGAAGCAAGGAAACCGGUCAAACCGUAGAAUUUUGGAAAUUAUUUGACAUUUCAUCAGCUUUCUAUAUUGGAUAGUCGAGGAAACAGUCCGAUUCACGGUAUCCGCUUCUGGCUACAAUUGUAUCGGCUGCUUUUCUGAGCCUCUUGGCUGUUGUGCAUGGACGGUGCCUGUGUCCACGGUCAUUGUCCUGGCCUUAGUCAGAGCCUGUGGUGGGGAGCUGGGAUUUGGGGGGAGUAGUUUAGCUGCCCCCCUCCAUUCCUGGUUUGAACAGCACCAAUACCUAAAACACGGAGGGAUCUAAGCUCGUGGGGUGGGGGAGGGGAAGAUGUUGCACUUGUGGGGGGGACCCCUCUUUGCAGCUGGAUCUCCGGGAUCAGCCCCUCCCCCGCUCACCUGAUCCCCAGAACCUUCCUCUCCCCCCCCCCAAUUCUUUCCCUCCCCUCCCGGCACAUCCUCCUCUCACCCCGCCCCCACAACCCCAGAUCCCGCCCCCAAACAUCCCACCCCUUCCUCCUCCUCCUCCAAUCCGGCUUCUGCUGAAGGAAUGGGGGGGUGAGCCCCCUCCCACCCUGCCUUCUUCUCCCGGAAGUGGAGCUUCCACUCCGGAUUGCUGCUCUGCCCCGUAGCUCUAGGGAGGCGCUUUCGGAAAGGGGAGGGAGAAGGCAGGGUGGAUGUUGCAGGAAAGGAGAAUUGGGAGCGAGGACAAAGAGGUAAGGGCUCGCGGGGGGCGGAGAGGGGAGAAAAGGACCCAGAGACCCCCGCCAGCUCCCCCAAGCGCCUUCUGUGGGGCCUGGAUUCCGGCACGCGUGCUGCGAAGGGGCGAAUAUGGGGCGCCCACCCACGAGGACUCCCUGGCCCCGUUUACCCCGCGCAGGCAUCCCUGGGGCGCGGAGAGAAGCCAGUCUUGGGGGGGCAAAAGGGGCGGAGAGAUGGGUCGCGCCUGGCAAGGGAUGAGCCAAGGGGUCGUCUGGAUGCAGGGGAGACUCCGGGAGAAAGGGAGGAGGUCGGGGAAGUAGGGGGAGAAGGGAGGGGGCAUCCCCGAGUCAGGGAAGCGCAGCAAUGGGGGGGGGGGGAGAUAGGAAGACCAGUUUUUUGGGGGGGGGCGUCUCCAUCGUGGCUUGCUUCGGGAAUCUCCGGAGAGGCCGCCUUGGCUUCUCCCUCCCGCCCAGCAAUCGGCCCCCCCUUCAAGGCUACCAGAGAGGGAUCCCUGGAAAGUGGGGGUCCAGUCCCCCUCCCUAGCCUUCCUGCAAUCUCCAUCCUCUUUCCACCCCAUAAGCCCCUGCCCUUUCCAGACGCAGCGAUUCUGCCCAGUCCAACCAUUAGUCCCCUGGAGAGGAGAGGAAAUCCGAACAGGAAGAGGGGAGGGGAGGGGGGAGGCCUUCUCAGAAGCGGCUCUUUGUUCCCGCAAUCCCACCCAGGAAGCAGCCAGAAACCUUUUCCUCUCUCUCAGGCUUCCAUCUUUAAUGUCUUUUCCACUGAGGAUGAGGAUAAUGUACACCUGUCAUCAGAAACAGGGGUGCAGAGUCCAUGGAAUGGCUCUCAGGAUUGAUACAGAAGUUGCACCUCAAAAGCAUUUCUGUUCCCCCUAUUCUUUGUAGCCAAUGUCAGAGUGACUGACAAGCUGAGAUCCGAUGACAGUGACUGCAUGAAUCUUCCCAGUCAAAGGACCCAUUUUCAUGAUAGACAGUGCCUGUGGCUGGAGGCUCUACACACAGGAUGUGCCUGUGCAGGCCAAAGACUGCCAGUAUUAGCACAGGUGAGGUGUGUGUCAUUCCCAAAUUUACAGACUGUAUGUGAAUGAGAGUUUGUGGGUGGGAUUAUAAUGUACGGCAACCCUGUGAUUUUCUCCACCCAUAACAUUUCAUGAGCUGAUAUUGCAGUACGAAUUCCAAAAUAACUACAAAAAAAUCACACGAUAAUAAUAAUAGUACAGUGGUACAUCGGGUUAAGAAGUGAAUUCAUUCUGCAGGUCCACUCUUAAUCUGAAACUGUUCUUAACCUGAAGCACCACUGUAGCUAAUGGGGCCUCCUGCUGCCGCCGCGCCGCCAGAGCAGGAUUUCUGUCCUCAUCCUGAAGCAAAAUUCUUAACAAAAGGUACUAUUUUUGGGUUAGAAGAGUCUGUAACCUGAAGCGCCUGUAACCUGAGGUACCACUCUAGACGUUAUAGUAUUAGUAUUUUCCCCCAGCCGCUCUGGGCAGCUUACAGUACAUAUAGGUAAAGGUAAAGGUAAAGGGACCCCUGACCAUUAGGUCCAGUUGUGGCCGACUCUGGGGUUGCGGCGCUCAUCUCACUUUCUUGGCCGAGGGAGCUGGCGUACAGCUUCCGGGUCAUGUGGCCAACAUGACUAAGCCGCUUCUGGCGAACCAGAGCAGCGCACGGAAAUGCCGUUUACCUUCCCGACAGAACGGUUGCUAUUUAUCUACUUGCACUUUGACAUGCUUUCGAACUGCUAGGUUGGCAGGAGCAGGGACCGAGCAAUGAAAGCUCACCCUGUCGUGGGGAUUCAAACUGCCGACCUUCUAAUCGGCAGGUCGUAGGCUCUGUGGUUUAACCCACAGCGCCACCCGCAUCCCUACAGUACAUAUACAAGACAGUAAAACAUCAAACAUUAAAAACCUCCUGAUACAGCUGUCUUCUAAAUGUCAGAUAGUUGCCUACUUCCUUGCCCUCGGAAGGAAGGGCAUUCCAUGGGGCAGGAGGCCCUCUGCCUGGUUCCCUGGAACAUCACUUCUAACGGCAAGGGAACCAGCAGAAGACCCUCAGAGGCGGACCUCCCUGUCCGGACUGAGCAAUGGGGGUGAAGAUGCUCUUUCAGGACCACAGGGCUGAGGCUGUUGAGGGCUUUAGGUUGCAGAUCUUGCUCCUCCAUAAUGAUCGAUGAAUAGUUAGCAGAGUAGGAGUAAACACAGAGGCAGCAAAAAAAUAAUUCAGCUGAGAAAUUUAUUACUGAAGACACAUAAGCAUAACAGGACCCAAAAAAUAGCAAAAAUGUAACUCACAGUAAAACCCUGACUUAGCAAACCAAAACAGCACUCAAGUAAGAAACAGACAAACAGAGUAGAGUAAUAUCAGAAUAUGAAGUGGGAGCAGGCGCGUUUCAAUACUGUAAUUUAUAUAUAAUUCAAUGUCAGAGUAACCCUGGGACUAAAUAACAAGCCUCCAGGUGGACGUGCCCCCUCUGCCCUUCACUUUCCUUUUCAGCACACGCAGAAUCAACUGUGUCAGACUAAUAUGGCCACCUACCAUUAACUACAGUUAUCUCCUUGCCUUGAAUAUCCUGCUUUUCAGUACCAGAUUAGGAUAGUCCUCUAUCAGAAGACAAGCAGAGAAUCAGGCAGCACAUCAUCAUUAUAAAGAACCAUUGGGGUGGGUGCUUCCACCUGGGAUUCCCAUGUGCCAGCUGCUUUCCUUCUGCUUCUCCUGCUCUCUCCAUGCAAUGUGAGGCAUGUAGACACAGGUCCAUCUCCAAGAACAGGAGCUUCCCUGAGCACCCAUUCAGCUGAUUCCAAGCACCAAGCUUUUUACUAGUUCUCUGACUGACCCAGACCACAGUCCCCAGAAAAGAUGUAGACCUGGGUCUCCCAAAAUAUGGACCUCCUGAGGUCAGUGAGACCGUGCAGGUGAUUCAUGAAGAUCUAGAGCUGGAAACAGGGACAACCACUUGAUUGGAAAGGAUUUCCCACAGGACAACAGUAUUCCAAGGUCAUGCUGUGUUAUUAAAGAUGAUUGAGGAUUAUGAAAGUUUGUUGAUGCAUUACUACCAUUUGACAUCAUACCAUUUUCAUUUCCUAAAAAUUGGGAACAUGGGGAGGACAUGGGAGAAUGUAGGAGAUGUUGAAAUAAGAGAAGGUGCUAAUGGUUGAUGUGUGCUUUUUUUCCUGUGUUCUCUUUCCUGAAACCCAAACAGGAUUUCCUUUCCUCCCACUCUGAAAAAGGGGAUGGAGAAGACAGAAUUGCGGGGGACAGGGCACCUUUCGUUUCAUUAG